UUAAUCCGUUCGUCACGUCGCGUGUACACAUCAUACACACACGCGCGCGCGCACACACAAACACACACACACACACACACACACACACACACACACACACACACAGUCGUGAUGUUUUAAAAUUUCACGUCAAAAAUAAUAAUAAUAAUAAAAAACCGUUUAUUUUUUUAUUGUUAUUAUUAAAAAUUAUUAUAUUACCGCUUAAUGAGUUGUUAUUAGUUUUUCGUCGCGAUGAACGGCCGGAAGAAGACGUGUCCGUCGUCGUAGUGCGCGGUGUCGCGGUCACAUCACUAAUAACAAUAACAAUAAUAAUAGUUAUUUUUUAUUGCGAUAAAUUAUUAUAUAGUUCGCCGGUGUGUAAUAUCAACGUGUAGUGCGUUCACGUGCGUGCGUGCCAAGCUGUGCGUUCUUGCGAGCGCGUUUCCCGGCCGCCGCGUGCAGUGCGGAUCGCGCGUGGAGGCGGACCCGCGGUAAAUGCGCGUGGCCGCGGUCGGCCACCGGUUGCCGGAUGUCGACGCCAUGGGAACAGCUGAUCAGCUCGACGAUGACGCCGACCACUGCGGUGGCGGUCAAGCUGGCCGUCACGGACGAGCCGCCGGAACCGACGGAUCCUAACGGCACCGUGUUGCCCGGCGGUUCGGCGGCCGCCACCAACACGACCGGCGGCAUAUUCGGCACCCUGCACAGGCACAUACCCAUACUGUCCAGGCUGUCGUUGAACAAGUCCGACAAGGCGCACUGCAGGUACAGACAACCAAGAUUCAGCUCUAGGAGACAGUACAGACGAGUAGUAUUCAAGCACGGUGAAUGUAAUGUUGUUCAAGGAAAAGUAGCUAAAAGAAGAAGAAAAUAUUUACAGGAUAUAUUUACGACACUCGUUGAUGCUCAAUGGCGAUGGACGUUGUUAGUGUUUUCAAUGAAUUUCAUGCUCAGUUGGUUAGGGUUUGCCAUUGUAUGGUGGCUGAUCGCACUAAACCAUGGAGAUUUGGAAUUCUCGGUAAGGGAUAAUAACUCAACGUGGGUACCAUGUGUUCGAGAAAUGUAUUCUUUCACCUCGUGCUUUCUGUUCAGCGUCGAAACUCAGCACACAAUAGGUUAUGGUUCCAAACACACAACCGAAGAAUGUCCUGAAGCAAUAUUCAUUAUGUGUCUACAGAGCAUAGUAGGCGUUAUGAUCCAGGCAUUUAUGGUGGGCGUAGUGUUCGCUAAGUUAUCCAGGCCGAAAAAACGAACGCAGACACUGUUGUUCAGCAGAAACGCUGUAAUAUGCCAAAGGGAUGGCAUUCUGUGUCUCAUGUUUCGAGUAGGCGACAUGAGAAAAUCGCAUAUUAUUGAGGCACACGUUAGGGCACAGCUAAUAAAGAAAAAAAUGACAAUAGAAGGUGAGCUGUUACCGUUCCAUCAACAGGAGCUUAAAGUCGGCGGUGACGGUGAAGAGGACAGGAUAUUUUUCAUAUGGCCUACGACUAUUGUUCACAAAAUUACUCCACAGUCACCGCUGUAUAUGCUUUCGGCUGCCGAUUUCUUACAAGAGAAGUUUGAAAUUGUUGUUGUCCUAGAAGGAGUAAUCGAGUCAACGGGAAUGACGACACAAGCUAGGUCAUCGUACCUACCAAAUGAAAUACUUUGGGGACAUAGAUUUGAUACAUUAGUGUCAUUCAAAAAAGAAACCGGCGAACACGAAGUGGAUUAUAGUUUAUUCAAUAAUACUUAUGUUGUUGACACGCCGCUUUGCAGUGCACACGAUCUGAAAAAGCUCAUUUCGCUUCGGGCACAUACUGAGAUGCACCAUAUGCAACCCCUGGAUCACUCUACCAACUACAGCGACCCGUCGGACAGUACUUCUGGGUCUAGGACUUACAAGCCCCGUAGUGAACUACAUGACAAGCAAUUGUCUACCAGUGACCUGAUGAUGGCCCAACUGGAGCCGUUCCUCAUAAAACCCGGUGAACUGCCCGGGCCAGAAUCAUUCCUGUGACGAUUAAUGAUCUACAACGAUCAUUUUCUGCCGCCUAAGCUGAACGCUAGAAUCGCCAUCGUUUUGUAAUAAGCAGAGGCAUCCCAAUCAUCUUCCACUCCCAAAAUUAUUGUGAUCUUCUUAGACGUUAUUGGUUAUUAUAAUUUAUUGUACUUUGGUUUUUAAUAAAAUUAGUUAAUUUGA